AUGAGUAAUCACCAAUCUUCAGGUGAAUCAUCGCCGUCAUACUCUUCACCUUCACCAAAAGAAAAAGAAAAAGGAGGUAGUGCAUUAUCAUCACCAAUACAUACACUCAGAAAGAAAGGUAUCAUACCCAAACAAGGUAUACGACAGAGUAUUGAAGAGUUGAUUUCUGCGUUGACCGAUUUAAAGGACGGACAUAGCAAUAGCAACAAAGACAUUAAUAAUAACCAACAAGAAUCCACCACCACUUCCACCACUAACAUUUCAACACCAACUCCAAGGUCUCCCACAACAUCAUCGGUACCCACAAAUAUAUUCGCAAGCAAUAAUAACAACACCAAUAAUAAUAAUAAUUGCAACAGGGUUGAAAGAGCAAGUUCAGGAGGGGCAGGAGGAGGAGGUAGCGGAUUUAUAGGAGGAGUAGUAGGAGGUACUUCACCUACUCAACGAAUAACAAUGACAAAUAGAAGUCCUUCAUCAACUGUAGUAGUAAUGUCACAACAAAAGUCUUUAGCUAAAUUUUAUUUCCUUGCACAACAAAUUGAAUAUGUACCACAUAGCAAUCGACAUAUAGUGAUCACGUCACCGAUUGAACAGGAUCCAAUGUUGCCGGUAGAGACGUUUUCAUCGUUUCUUAAAGUGCAAUGGACUACUUGUUGGACUGUUCAUUUGGUGCCGACCACUACAUGUCUCGAGGUUUUAAAAUAUAUAUCGCAAAAGACGAGUCGAGAGGUAUGCCAUCUCAAACUGGCCGACUCUGAAGGUGUCAUUAUGGACCAUGACUUUCUUUUAAUCACUCAUAGAUGUAAAAGAUUUGUAGUCUUUGAAGAUAUUGAAAUAGAUCAACAACAACAACAACAACAAGACAAUACAACUAGUAGUGGUUGUUCAUCAACUUCAUCUUCUUUACCAUCAUCACCAACUAUUUCAACUUCAACAUCAGAUUCACAUUCACCAAAUAAUAUUAGAAAACAAGCACCUGCACCACCACCUCGGUCACCUUCAACCUAUAAUCCAUUAUUGGUUCAUACAGAGUUGAUAUCAGAGCCAACUGGUACUACUCCUACUACACCAUCAUCUACCAACACUACUCCACUUAUUUCUGGAGGUAAAUCAACAGGUCCACCAUUAUCCCUUUCAAAUGGAGGUAGUGGAGGUUCAAAUACUGCUUCAUUCCUUUCAAAUUUGAUUCUUAACGGUGGUGUAGGAGGAGGAGGUGGAGGUGGAAGUAAUUGUGGAUCAACUAAUAAUUCACCACCAGUAUCACCACCAUCAUCUAGAAAGAAUAGUGGUAAUACUAGUCAAGCUUCGAGUAGACCGAGCAGUCCAAACACACAAAACAACCAUCAUAUUGGUGGUUCUUCGGGCAGUCCGAGUAACAGCAGUGGUAAUCUUUUGUCGUCAUCGUCAUCAUCACCAUAUAUAUAUUGUAAAUUUUUAGAUCGAGUGGAACCAUGCGAUGUCCCACCAUACACGGAAAAAGGAAAGAUUCUAGACAACUAUUUUGCACAUUAUUACAAGGAACUACUCAAAUAUACGCAACAGAGAAGUCUCCGAUACCAGCGAAUAUUAGAGUUUGUCAAGGAAGGUGGAUUCGACGAGACUGGCACAAGAGGAUGGAUACAAAAACACUAUGACAAUGAAACAACAUUCCUACGUAACAAACGUGCCGGUAUGAAGUUAAAAGACUUUAAGAUAUUGACACAGAUUGGUAAAGGUGGUUUUGGACAAGUAUUUUUGGCCGUUAAAAAGGAUACUGGAGAUAUUGUAACGUUAAAGAGAAUUAAAAAGCAAGCUUAUGAAUGGGCCAAUCAACGUACUCAGGUGUCACACGAAAAGACAGUCAUGAUGAGUGAAGCAGGUGGUAAAUGGAUAACAAAGCUUUUAUACGCAUUCCAAGAUAACCAUCAUCUCUACUUGGCCAUGGAGUACCAUUGUGGUGGAGAUUUCCGUGCCAUCCUAAACAAUUUGGGAAUGCUCAGUGAAGAGGACGCAAGAUUUUACAUGGUCGAGAUGAUCGAAGCACUCAACUCUCUUCAUUCACUCGGCUAUAUUCAUCGUGACAUUAAACCAUCCAACUAUGUCAUUGACAAACAUGGACACAUUAGACUAAUCGAUUUUGGUCUCAGCAAGGAGGGUUAUGAAAGUAGAAAUGGUCUACAUCGUCAAUCAAUGACCGAUCUUCGUAGAAGUUGUAUAGAAGGGAAAUCAUCUUGGAGAAAUACUUUUACUAAUCGUUCAAAUAAUGGAAUGAUUGCUUAUAGAAGACCAAUUGCUCACUCAGCAGUUGGAUCACCAGAAUAUAUGGCACCUGAAAUUGUACAAGAUUCAGGUUACGAUCUAAGUUGUGAUUAUUGGUCAUUGGGAUGUGUAUUUAUGGAGAUGUUGUGUGGUUUUAAUCCAUUUUGUGCCGAUACGCCAAACGAUGUAUUUAUAAAUAUUAUGCAAUGGGACGAAAUAUUGGAUUGGCCACUAUUCACACAAGAUCUAUCACACGAGGCUGCAGAUCUACUCAAAAAGAUGUUGUGCCUACCACACGAAAGAUUUAAAUCACUCGAAGAGUUCAAGUCACAUCCAUUCUUUAACAUGAAUGGACUGACAUGGGACUCUAUACUCGGACAACAAGUGCCUCCAUUCGUACCAAAGGUAGACAAUGAUAUGGAUACAUCUUAUUUUGAAGAUGCUCUCAACAAUGAUCCAGCAUCUUGGGAAAUCAAUGAAGACAAUGAAAAGAGUCGUGAUCCAUUCAGUAAUUUAAAUAUACCAUUUUUCACUUAUAGAAAAUCUUCUGCUUUAAAUGUUUUAAUGAAUAAUUAA